AUGGUGACUCCUAAGUCGGCUAGUCGAGCCGACCGUAUUGCGCGUGAGUCCGAAGGUUCGCGACGCAAGCAGAGCACGCAACGUAGCUCCACGCGACGCUCAAGCCGCCGGUUUACACCGCGCGAUGACUCCUCGACCGACGAGGACGACAAUGACAACAUCGACUAUGAAGAUGGGUUUGACAGCCCGAGCGAUGAGUUGGCCCAUCAAGUGCCCGAAGUGAGCGAAAUGGAGCGACUGAGUUCGACUCCUCAGCUCGAGAUCGCCACACACCGGCCGCUUGCGCAGAUCAAGAAUUUCUCAGGGGCCCGCAAUCGGAGUGAAAACUCUAUGCAGUGGCUCCGAGCUUUCGUCUAUGAGAUGAAGGGAACGCAAACUCCGCCAAACGAGUGGUGCAUGGCUUUCGAGCUGAGCCUUCGGGACGGUGCCCUUCACUGGUACCGUCAACUCCCGAAGAGGACUAAGCGUCAGUGGAAGCGACUGAGCGAUGCGUUUACCAAGUAUUUCUGCUCGCAGUUUAGCCAGCCUGCGAAGGCUCGCUACUACUCUGCGAAGCGCGAGUCCUCGGAACACCUUUGUGACUACCUCAACCGACUGAACGGUUAUGCUCGUAAUGUUGCCCUUCUGUUCGAGAGUGGUGGCCGCGAUGCGAAGGACCAUGUGCAGCGGUUCCUCGAGACGUGCGGUGGCCGAAGCCUCGAAUGCCGGCUUUGCCACGUCCGAGUGAAGGACAUUCACGAACUCGAGGACAUGAUCAACGACAUCUUGAAGUCUGAAGAGCGUGGGCAGUCGCGCGAGACCUCGUCUCACCACUCGCGCAGUCGAGACCAACUGCUUCGUCGUGAUGACCGUCGCCACGAAGCUUCACGUGACAGUUACCGUCGCGACCGCGACCGUCGUUACGAACGUCGCCGCGAAGACUCUCGCCGCCGCGAUGACUCGCGCCAUGUUCCGCGCAUCUCGCUAGCUGAAGCUUCGCUGUCAGACUUGGUCGCUGAACUGCAAGUCCGCGGUACCAAGGGUGGUAGAGCCGAGCGCUCGUCGCCACGUCGGACCUCGUACAGCGACAGCGAGAGUGACGCCAUGACGCCAGUGAUUACCCAUACUCUGAGAGUGAUCGGAGCGAUGGUGGCUACAGUGGCGUUAGCAGCUCUGGUGAGGACGGAGCUCACGUUGCUGCUGCAAUGA